AUGCUCCCAGUUUUCGCGAUCACGGUUCUCUGCAUCGCGACAUGGGCAUCCGCGCUGAACGAUCCGCUCUCAGAUUUACCCAGGUUCGGCACACCGUUGAACAACCUGACGGUCUCUGUGGGUCGCGAAGCUGUUUUCACCUGCAUUGUGGAAAAUCUUGGCCCGUACAAGGUAGCGUGGCUGCGAGUGGACACACAAACGAUCCUCACGAUCGCUACUCACGUUAUCACGAAGAAUCACCGUAUCGCUGUCACACAUAGCGGUCAUCGUAGAUGGUGUCUUCAUAUCCGGGACACCAAAGAAACGGACAGAGGAUGGUAUAUGUGCCAAGUUAACACCGACCCCAUGUCCAGCAACACUGGAUUCCUCGAAGUAGUCGUACCACCGGAUAUCCUGGACGACUCCACCAGCACCGACAUGGAGGUACGAGAGGGCAGCAAUGUGACAUUACGAUGCGCCGCGACUGGUACCCCCAAGCCGAAGGUCACGUGGCGGCGAGAAGUUGGUGGCACGAUCGCACAAUCGAAUUCACACGAAGUAGGCGAGGGCUCGGUGUUGAAGUUAACUCGCGUCACACGUGCCCAUAUGGGACCGUAUCUAUGCAUAGCGUCGAAUGGUGUACCUCCAGCAGUCAGCAAGCGGAUCGUGCUCAAUGUUUACUUUCAGCCAAUGGUGUGGAUCGAAAAUCAGUUAGUGGGCGCUUAUGAGGGCCAAACUCUCGUCCUGGAAUGUCACAGUGAGGCUUAUCCAACAGCGAUCACUUAUUGGACUAGGCCAUCCAACGAAACGAUCACAAAUGACAAUUAUAAGGUUGAAACAAUUCCAAAGGGGUACGAGAUAACCAUGAGGCUCACUAUAAAAUCCAUACAGCCCCAAGACUUCGGGUCGUACAGAUGCGUGGCAAAAAAUUCAUUGGGAGAAAUGGAUGGAAAAAUCAAACUUUACAGGAUCGAUAGAUCGCCGACGAUGCGUAGACCGAACACCAGGCGAGAUUCGAAGAAGAGUUGGAAGAUGGAUCACAGUCACGAAAGGAACACGACAGGCAUGAAGGACGAGCCAAUGCUGAAAGGCGUCGAGAACGAUGAUGAACAGGUUGAUUUUCAAUCGGCCACUGCCUCGUCGUACUUUCACUGCCAUUUAUUUGCGAAUCUUGGCAUCGCCGCGAUUACUGUCAUCUUAGCCGGUGGUUUGUCGACGUAGACCAUUCUGUGAUCGUUAUUACACCUG